AUGAACGCAAUAAACGCAAUAAGCGCGCUAAUUGCUUUUGUUAUUCUUCCACUGGCAUUUCCAUUCAGCUUCAACGUUACAAAAGUCGUCGAGUGCGGGUCAUUCCAAAUAAACUGGUCCGGCGCGGAACCACCAGUACGCUUUCUGGCAAUUCCCAAUGGAAGUCCACCCGAUCAAGAAGAAUCAGCCCACGUUAUCGUGGCCCAUGAAGUUGAUGGUAAUGUCGACGGCACCUACACUUACCCCAACUGGCCCAUGGCUGCCGGCGUAAAUUUCACGGUAACCAUGAGCGAUGCACAGGGUUUCGGGACUGGUGGUACAAGCGACAUUAUAACCACAGAUCAAGGCGUUGGCCCGUAUUGCGAACAAUCCGGUUAUCUGCCAUACACCUUCUCUAUCGAUCCGUCGACCAACUGGACUACUUGUGAAACUAUAACUCUGCGCACCCUCCACAAGAAUUCUUCCACACCAUACGAUUACUACGCUCUUUCCCCCAAUACUACCCCCAUUCGUAUACAGCACAUCACGCAAGACGAUUCCGGCACCUUUAAUUACACUUUCACCCAGCCCCCGGGUACCAAGGUCGUUUUUUUUACAGGCAGUGAACAAGGCGGUCUGCAGUACAAUACUGGGGGCAGCUCCUCGAUACAGACCAUCGGCGAGGGCAGUGACACGGGGUGCGUCGAGCAGCUCCAGCCAAGUCCCACCGACACUUCCAACCCAGAGAGCACAAGCGGAAAUGGGAGUGGGACUGAUGGUGGUGACAACGGUACCGACAACACCCAUAAUGAUAAGGACAGUAACGGACUCAGUGCCGGUGCAAAAGCUGGUGUGGCAGUAGGAAGCAUUAUAGGCGCAGGUGCUCUCAUAGCGGCCAUAGUAGCAUUCAUGCUUCUCAAGAAGCGCAACCGGGAGGAGCAGCACGAGCAUGCGCAGAAGGUAACUCACGGUCACAAUUACAAUGAGGAUCUCGAUGAUGGAUUAGAGGGGUCAUAUACACCAUAUCUCAUGACAGGUGUGGGUGCUGGAGUGGGUGCUGGUACAGACAGUCAGGGUGCUGGUCACUCGCAUAGACAAUCUGAUAGCAGGUAUUCAUUUAUACCCACUGAAGCACCACAUAUGGCUGCCUCAGAUAGUGGCUAUAGCUUUGGCGGUGCUCCUCCUUCGCCUUCUAGCGGCGCUCUACUACUCAACGGCUCUCCUGCUCUCUCUCCUGCUCCUGCUUUUGGUCUCUCUCAGGAUAGCAAAAGCAAGCUCGUCGCUAGCUCGACUCAGCAGAAAGAUCCCCCGCGCUAUCACUUCGACGCUGGCCCAUACGUCGUCAAUCAUAAUCACACGGACGAUAGCGACGAUGACGCCCUGGUGGAUGUGCCCCCAGCAUACGACUUUAGCCCCGAUUUUCGCCGCAAUGGAUGA